AAAGUACAAAGCCAGGCAGACCAUUUUAUCUCGCGAGGUCUAAGAUCUACCCCAAAAGCAGCAUGUGAAAUACAUAGUAAUAUUGAGCCACUAAAUCUUAGAAGAGGGGCAGUUAGUUAAAGAGAUAUUUGAAAGAUACAGAAGACUAGACAAGCUGCAUCCAAAUAUAUAGGCAAAUGGUUGACAAAUGGAGCUCCCACCAUAUAAUUAAAGAGCAAUCAAUAUUAAGUGUGCUCUCUCAAAUUGAAGAGAAACACCACCUACCAACAGACAGAGAAGACUUGCAAAUUAUACGUAAAGACCUAUUCCAAAACCUACGUUUACAAACAGCUUAUAUCAAAACA